GUCAGCGCUGGUUUGUAGCUUAGCUUCCUAGCUCAACAAACCAACCAAACAUAUAUAGCGUAACACAAAGGUUCGCGUGAGUUGUCAUAUUAACCUCACUAGCGCGUCACAACCAACCUGUCCACCUCCACGUGAGAACAACACGUCUUUGCAUCCAUUCGCCAUGUGUAGAUGUGUAAAAGUCACUGCUAAUUGCUACACAAACUAAUGAGCAACGUGCGUCGGAAAUGGUGACGUAGCAUAGAGAGCUUGACGUAUAUUUCCUGCGACUUAGUGGUUGGCUUGGCAACAAGAGUAACGUUAGCUAGGUUAGCUUAGUUAGUCGUUGACCAAAAAAGACGGUUGUGUCUUAUUGUCGAAGAUGAUCGAUUCCUCACUAAGUUCUUUGGGUGCAAAAGUUGUCGUCGCUGCAUCCAGCGAUGAGAAUCACCCACCAGAAAACAUCACUGACGGAAACACGAGCACGUUUUGGAUGUCCACCGGGAUGUUUCCUCAAGAGUUCAUCAUUCGCUUCGCUGAAUCCACGCAGAUCUCUGCUGUGACAGUGGACAGCUAUAACGUCAAGCAUCUAAAGAUAGAAAAGAACACCUCACCAAAUGCCUCUCAAUUUGAGUCUGUUACAGAGCAAGAAUUUAAACAUACAGAGGGACAUCUUCAGUCAAACACUAUUUUGCUAAAUGGAAGCAAUGCAACGCACCUUCGUUUUAUCAUCACUUCGGGAUAUGAUCACUUCGUCUCAGUGCACAGAGUCAGUGUACAAAAUGUACAAACUUGAUAGUUGUGAAUUAAAGCCCGUGUGUAUACGUA